AAAUAGUGUCAGUGGUAGGCAAUGUGAUAGAUUUUGACGAACGUUAUUAUAAAAUUUUGAAAAUGGAAUUUUGGGCGCGAAUUUUCGUACGGACUGUCAUAAUAUGUUUUUGUGUUAUUUUCGCAAACGGAAGGAGUGUACGACAAAAUAGUGAUAACACAAAUAAAGACUUCGAUGAAAGAAACAAGUACCAUUGGAGGCAACAGGCACAAUGGACGUUGCGGUCAAAGCUCUCAGCGCCACUCAACACCAACGUGGCUAAGAAUGUGAUACUAUUCCUGGGCGACGGCAUGAGUGUGACCACACUAGCUGCCACCAGGGCGUACCUCGGCCAAAAGUAUGGCCAUCUCGGUGAAGAGAUUAAGUUGAGCUUCGAGAUGUUCCCUUAUACCGGGUUAUCUAAGACAUACUGCGUAGACCACAACGUAGCGGACUCCGCGUGCAGCGGCACAGCCUACUUGUCCGGCGUGAAGGCCAACAGUGGGACUGUGGGCCUCAGCGCUGCGGUCAAACGGGGUGACUGUGUUGGGCAGUUGUCUGGGAACCAUUCGGUGACUGGGCUCAUGGACUGGGCACAGAAGGCUGGGAAAAGCACAGGGGUUGUUACCACGACGCGUGUGACCCACGCUACCCCGGCGGCCUCAUACGCGCACUCAGCUGACCGGCGUUGGGAGGCCGACACAGACCUCCCGAGGUACGGGCCUCGCUGUGAAGAUAUAGCUACGCAGCUGGUGAGAGGGAAAGUUGGGAAGAAUAUUGAUGUGGUCCUAGGCGGCGGCCGGCAAAACUUCCUUCCCUACACCAAAAAGGACAUUGAAGGCCGCAUCGGCUACAGAAAAGACGGCAGAGACCUCAUCGCCGAAUGGCUCGACACCAAAAAGUAUCUCGGACACAACGCGAAAUACGUUUACACUAAGAAAGGACUUCUCAAUAUCAGCCCUAGUGUGGAUAGCGUGCUUGGGCUGUUCUCGCCGAGUCAUAUGCCGUAUCAUUUGGAAGCUGAUGAGGAUGACCCCAGCUUGGCGGAGAUGACACAGAAAGCUAUACAGAUACUGUCGAAGAAUAAGAAUGGGUUCUUCUUGUUUGUUGAAGGAGGCAGAAUAGACACCGCUCACCACGAGACCAAAGCCCAAAAAGCCUUAGACGAGACCGUGGAGCUGGCGAAGGCAGUGGAAGCAGCACUCAGGAUGGUGAACACUGAGGAAACGCUAGUGGUGGUCACGUCAGACCAUAGCCACACCAUGACCUACAGCGGGUACAGCAAGAGGGGCUCCGACAUACUUGGUUUCAGUAAUAGGAUAAACGCAUCAGACCACCAGCCAUUCACGACCCUAAGCUACGCUACAGGCCCAGGCCACAAGCAAGGCCCCGACUCUCAAAGAUACGACCUCACGUCUGACGACCUCAAAAACCCAAACUACACUUACCCGGCGUUAGUACCAAUGUCCCGAGAGACACACGGAGGCGAGGACGUAGCGGUGUUCGCGCGCGGGCCGUGGGCACACCUGUUCACGGGCAACUACGAGCAGAACUACCUGCCGCACGCGCUCGCAUAUGCGGCCUGCAUGGGCGGCGGACUGCACGCCUGCCAUCAGUACACUUACAUGCGCGUGGCGGUGUUCGCGCGCGGGCCUUGGGCACACCUGUUCACGGGCAACUACGAGCAGAACUACCUGCCGCACGCGCUCGCAUAUGCGGCCUGCAUGGGCGGCGGACUGCACGCCUGCCAUCAGUACACUUACACGUAG